AUGGCUACCACGGCUGUCAAUGAGAUGCCCCUGGACAUGGCCCCGGACUCCUUCGAUAACCAGUACCAGGACUGUGGCACUAACAUGACCGCGACAUUGUCGGCCCUCAACAGCUCCGAGUUCCAGCAGAACUCUCUCUUUGCCCAGGCCUGGCUUAAGGUCACAGCCAAGUGGCAGAGUCGGGGGUCCCCUGUGUCCCCUCUGUCAUCCCCAGUCCAGGCCAUCACCCUCAUGGCCUACACGAUGGAUGAGCUGCACACAGAGUUCAACGCAGCUGUGCGUACAGCCGGGCGCUCCAUCCAGGAAUUCCAGGACAGCUUCCAUUUCAAAACGCUGCAUUUCCUGCUGACCCAGGCCCUGGUGACGCUGAGGCAGGCUCAGAAUGGGCAGUGUCACAACGUGUACCGGGGGGUGAGCAAGUACCGGUUCAAGGCAAAGCCCGGUGGCAUUGUCUCGUUUGGUCAAUUCUCUUCAGCAUCACAGAGAGAAAUAACUGCCGAGGACUUUAGGAAUGCCACGGUGUUCCAGGUGUACACGUGCCACGGGAUGGGAAUCCAUCAAUUCUCCAAUUAUCCUGAUGAGAAGGAGGUGCUGAUCCCUCUUGAGACCUUUGAGGUCAUCAAAAUCAGCCAGGAAGGAGAAAGGGCAAGGAUCCAGCUCCGGUCCAAGGGGACAUUCAGCAGCUCCACCUGCAAGUGGCUGAAAGGUGGGAGCAUCCCCAGGGCUCCCUACCACCUCGGAGGACUCCUCCUGGCCACCACAACCUUGGCAGUGGCAACAGGGAUCCUGUGA